AUGAAAAGUGAAAAAAAUGAAAAAAUAAUUGACUAUUUGUCAUGCCCUUUAGAUGAUGUAGUUGAUCGCGAAAAAAAAAGUGGAAAAAAUAGUUUUUUAAAACCUAAUAAUACAAAAAAAAAUGAAUUUAAUACAAAUUAUAUUAAAAAAAAAGAUUCAUUACAGGGUUCAAAUUACAGAGCAAGGAAAUCGAGAUAUGUAAAUAGAAAAGCAGGGAGUUACAAGAAAUAUUUUUUUAAUAAUAGAUUAAGUAACAAGAAAUAUAAUAAAUAUAAAAGUAGAAGUUUUUAUGGGGGAAGAGAUUAUUUUAAAAGUAGAAAUAAUAAUUACAGUUCUCAUGCUUUUGAUAAUUAUAAAAAUCCAUACAAUAAAAAAUUUGUGAAUAAUAGGAAUAAAAUAUCUAAUAAUAUAUAUAGGGGGAAUUUGACAAAAAAUAAAACAAGAAAAAUAUUUAAAAAAUCUCAACCUGCUAGAACUGUAAUUAGUAAAAGGUUAAAUAGUUAUAAAACAGUUCAAGUUCCUACCAAAAAAUUUAAUAAUUUAAAUAUAUCUCUAUAUCGUAAAAAUAGAACAUUUACUUUAAGUAAUAAGCGUCCUAAAACCAUUCCAGUAAAUAAAAAUAAAGUAAUUAGAAAAGGAACAAAAAAAAUUACUAACACAAGUAGUAGAAAAAAUUCGAAUGCGUCAAAAUUUAAACCACUAAAUAAAUAUUUUUUGUCUAAAAUUAAAAUUGUUACUUCUUUAAAUAAAAUACCAUCUCCCUUGAAGGAACAAAAAGAUACUGAAGUGAAUCUUCCUGAAUCUUUAAACAAUGCCAAUAUGAGAAAAGCAGAUUAA